AUGGCCGCCGCCGCCCCGCCGCCGCCGCGCGCGGAUCUGAUGCCGCCGCCGCCGCCCCCUCCGCCCGUCCCGCCGAUGACCGAGCGCCGCCCGCGCCGCCGCGCGCGGGAGGUCAGCUCCCGGUACCUCUCCACGCCCGUCCCCGCCACCCCGCGACUCUCCACCGCCUCCUCCACGCGGUCGCGCUCCCCGACCCCGUCCCCGCGCGGCCGCCAGCGGGUGGCCACGCCCUUCGCCAACGAGAACCACCCGCCGCCGCCUCCGCCGCCCACGGGCACCGUCGCGCGCAGGCGGGCCGUGCAGAAGCUGUUCGAGGAAACGGGCGCCUGCAACCCGCGCGCCUCGGUGGGCUCCAACUCCUCCGGCGCCGCCGCGGCCACUCCGCGGCCGCUCCCGCGCUCCGCCAGCGGGCCGGCCGCGCCCACCGCCAGGAGGGGGUACCCGCGCCUCCCGACGCCCGCGCGAGCCGGCUCGUACCCUUCCGCCGCCUCCGCCGCUGCGGACUCCGACGCCGCGUCGUGCUGCUCGUCGUCCGACACGGCGUCCACGGCCACCGACUUCUCUGAGGCUGAGGGCGGGCUCGGGGUGGCCCCAGCCGCGCCGUGCGAGAGCCCGCCGCUGCUCGGCCCGGCGUCCUGCCGGGGCGGGCGCCUCUCGUCGGAGCUCCGGUCGUCGGUGCCGGAGUCGGGGGGAUCCGCGCGGGCGUCCAACCCGCUCUGCUACCGCUCGCUCAACUCGGCACUGUCGAUCUCAACGGCGACGACGGGGAAGCUGACGACGGCAGCGAGGCCACCACAGCCGCAAGGGGCAAAGGCAGCCGAGCUGAAGAAGGCGGCGAUCAUGGGGGGCAGGAAGGUCGCGGGGAAGCAAGAGGACGUGCACCAGCUGCGGCUGCUGGACAAUCGGUACCUCCAGCAUAGGUUCCUCAACGCCCGUGCUGAAGCGGCAGCCAAGGCCAAGGCUGCUGCUGCAGAGAAAUCUCUCUAUGGGCUCGCGGAGAGGCUCAUGGGUCUACGUGAAUCCGUUGCCGAGAAGAGGGCAGAGGUGGACACAAUGAGGCGGGAGAAGAGACUGUUCUCCGUGGUGAAUGUUCAGGUCCCAUACUUGGAUCAAUGGACUGAUAUCGAGGGGGAGCAUUCAAGUUGUCUUAGAGGGGUAACAACAGCUCUGCAUAAUGCCUCCCUACGAUUACCAAUCAUUGGUAAUGUCAAGGCAAACUGUGAGGAAAUUACAGAUGUGCUUACCUCAGCUGCUCAACUGCUGGAACCACUAUCACCUUGCAUUGGAAAUUUCUUGCCAAAGGUCGAAGAAAUUGAUGAUGUGGCCCAGAAUCUUGCGCAAGUUAUUGCAACUGAAAGAACAUUCAUAGAAGAGUGUGGUAAUCUGUUAUACCAAGCACAUAACCUUCAGAUGCGGGAGUACAGUUUGAGGAGUCAAUUGAUGCAGCUAAAACAAACUGAAGCAACAUGAAAAAAUACAAGGAAAAGGAAAAAACACGCUGCCAGGUCUCUCCUCGGACUGAUGGGGAGCAAACUUUGCUCCACCGUUGGGUAUCCAAAUGGGAGGAGGUGAUUCUGAUUAUACAUAAAAAAAGGGCAGAAGUAUCCUUCUUUGGAUCAAGAAUAGCUGAUUCUUUUCCAGUAUAUAUGUCGUUGUUUGUAAUUUGUCGUUGAGGCAUUUUUGUUGUCCGGUGAUGGGAAGAACAGACAAAAGCAUCAUCUUACAAAUUGAAAUUCG